GGGCGUGGCUUCCGCUCCGGGCGCCUGAAGGAGACUUGGAGGGUCGGGGCCACGGCGCUUGAGUUGUUGGGAGUAGUCGUCGCCGCUUCUGCCGGCAACCCAUGAGGAAAAUGCUCGCAGCUGUCUCCCGCGUGUUGUCGGGCGUCGCCCAGAAGCCGGCAAGCAGAGUGCUGGUGGCAUCCCGUAAUUUUGCAAAUGAUGCUACAUUUGAAAUUAAGAAAUGUGAUCUUCACCGACUGGAAGAGGGCCCUCCUGUCACCACGAUACUCACCAGGGAGGAUGGGCUCAAAUACUAUAGGAUGAUGCAGACUGUUCGCCGAAUGGAAUUAAAGGCAGAUCAGCUGUAUAAACAGAAAAUUAUUCGUGGUUUUUGUCACUUGUGUGAUGGUCAGGAAGCUUGUUGUGUGGGCCUGGAGGCCGGCAUAAAUCCCACAGACCAUCUUAUCACAGCCUAUCGGGCUCAUGGCUUCACCUUUACUCGUGGACUUUCUGUCCGAGAAAUUCUUGCAGAGCUUACAGGACGAAGAGGAGGUUGCGCUAAAGGGAAAGGCGGAUCGAUGCAUAUGUAUGCCAAAAACUUCUACGGGGGCAACGGCAUCGUCGGAGCUCAGGUGCCCCUGGGAGCAGGGAUUGCUCUGGCCUGUAAGUAUAACGGAAAGGAUGAGGUCUGUUUGACUUUAUAUGGCGAUGGUGCUGCUAACCAAGGUCAGAUAUUCGAAGCUUACAAUAUGGCAGCUUUGUGGAAAUUGCCAUGUAUUUUCAUCUGUGAAAAUAACCGCUAUGGAAUGGGAACAUCUGUUGAGAGAGCAGCGGCCAGCACGGAUUACUACAAGAGAGGUGACUUCAUUCCUGGGCUGAGGGUAGAUGGAAUGGAUAUCCUGUGUGUCCGGGAGGCGACGAGGUUUGCAGCCGCCUACUGUAGAUCUGGAAAGGGGCCCAUACUGAUGGAGCUACAGACUUACCGCUACCACGGACAUAGCAUGAGUGACCCUGGUGUCAGUUACCGUACACGAGAGGAGAUUCAGGAAGUAAGAAGUAAGAGUGACCCUAUUAUGCUUCUCAAGGAUAGAAUGGUGAACAGCAACCUGGCCAGUGUUGAAGAAUUAAAGGAAAUUGAUGUUGAAGUGAGGAAAGAAAUUGAGGAUGCUGCCCAGUUUGCCACCGCUGAUCCUGAACCGCCUUUGGAAGAACUAGGCUAUCACAUUUACAGCAGCGACCCACCUUUUGAAGUUCGGGGUGCAAAUCAGUGGAUCAAGUUUAAGUCCAUCAGUUAAAGGGAAACUGCACAUCACGGAUGGUGAUACUUUCAACUGUAAGGGACUCUGUGUUCUCCACUUUUAACAUUAAGCAAGAAAAACCCAUAAAAAGAAAGGAUGUAGGCUAAGAUAGUAAUUGCAUGCGUUUUGUAUAGUGUUGCGUUGAAAGACGUUAUUGCACACCUAAGUAUUUCGUGUGAAAGUUACAAAGGGUAUUUUAGACUUAAAAUUAUUUCCUUAAAAUAGUUCUAUUUCUUUUAAUAAUUGAGAAGUAUUUGCUAAAUCGUAUACAUUAAAUGAAAAAUGGCCAUUUCUACCUGUCCAACUCUGCCAUCAUUCGAGGGGAGUAGAAUCGUUCCCUGGACCCUUGUAGUGGCACGUGUCCAUCACCAGUGUGUGUGUGGAGGCUGAAGCCAAUUCACACUGACCACUGCUCAAUAAAACGCAAUAUUUAUUAUAUCCAGGCAGGGUAUAGAAGGACAAUUCCAUUUUUAAAUAAGACCUCUUCAUUUAUAUAUUAAAUACAAAACAUAGUUUUCUAUGUGCAUUCAGUAUCAAACAGAAGGCAUAUUCUUAACAUUUUAAUCUUGUAAGUACCCCGUGGUACUUUAACCUAGAACAGUGAUGCCAGCCUGCUUUCCAGUAAGUGCUAUAGGGUGUACGGAAUUUUCAUCCGUUUUUAAGAACGCCAUACUAUUCUGGGAUGUCAAAAUUAGGGUUCAGUCACUGUUCUCACAAUGCUAAGGUUCCACUCACCUUUAAAACAUGUUGAGAAGUAACAACACGUUUUAAAA